AGAAGAGUAUCUAUGGUGAGUGGAACAAUAAGAAUAGUAACCUCUCUAGUAAAAAGAAGGAAAGGGAAAGAAUAUUGUUAUUAAUAUUAUUAUCACCUGAGCACAUAUGCUUAGAUUUCUGCACUCACGCUAUUUCACACCAUUACCUUAUCACUACACUUCACCACUUUCCUCCUUCCUACUCCUUUCUUUUCCCCCUUUUAGCUCUUCACUCUCUCAUUUGCUAAUCAUUCAUCGUUGGAUCUAGGCUCUAGUUAAAGAUGGGUCCUUUUACAAUUGCGACAUUGCCCUCUUUACACAUCGGCCAUUUCCGAAAGUCUCCUAAUCUUGUCCUUCCAAUUCGCUGCUCCACAGCUGCUCCAUCUCCUUCCUUGGCUUCAAUCCGAUCAAAAGCUGUUCACUUUGAUUUGAAGGCAUAUUGGACUUCCCUAAUGGUGCAGAUCAAUCAGAAGCUCGACGAAGCUAUUCCAAUUAAGUUCCCUCAACAGAUAUAUGAAGCUAUGAGGUAUUCUUCCCUUGCCAAAGGGGCCAAGCGAGCCCCCCCUGUUAUGUGCAUCUCUGCUUGUGAACUCUUUGGGGGCAGCCGCAUUGCUGCCUUCCCUACUGCCUGUGCACUUGAAAUGGUCCAUGCCGCGUCAUUGAUCCAUGAUGAUCUUCCCUGCAUGGACGACUCCCCAUCACGCCGUGGCCAGCCCUCAAACCACACCAUCUAUGGUGUUGCUAUGGCAAUUCUGGCGGGGGAUGCACUGUUUCCCCUUGGAUUUCAACACAUUGUUUCACAUACUCCCUCUGACCUUGUACCUGAGCCCCGUCUACUUCGUGUGAUAGCUGAAAUAGCCCGCUGUGUGGGCUCCACCGGAAUGGCUGCAGGACAGUUCUUAGACCUUGAAGGUGGCCCAAAUGCGGUUGGAUUGAUACAAGAUAAAAAGUUUGGUGAAAUGGGGGAGUGUUCUGCAGUGUGCGGAGGAUUGUUGGCCGGUGCUGAAGAUGAUGACAUAGAGAGACUAAGGAGGUAUGGUAGAGCUGUUGGAGUAUUGUAUGCAGUUGUUGAUGACAUUUUGGAAGAGAGAUUGAUACCUAAGGGAGAUGAAGACAAGAAAAACAGAGGGAAGAGUUAUGUAGGGGUUUAUGGUGUUGAAAAAGCAGCAGAGGUGGCUGAAGAACUUAGAGCAAAGGCUAUGGAGGAAUUGGAUGGAUUUGAGAAGUAUGGAGACAGAGUGUUGCCUCUCUACAGUUUUGUGAAUUAUGCUAUUGAUAGAAGUUUCAGUGUUGAUGAAGCCAGUGGAUGAUGGAUUUUAGAAAUAUAACCACGUAUAGUUCUUCGAUUAAUUUGAAUCCUUAAGAAUCGAUUAUUGCCGUUCAUAGAUAGCCUACAGAGCUUAUACUGGUUUAGAAAAGGAAACCGCGGGUCUAUAGAAUCAGCCAUGAGCAUUUAGAGAUUGGGUUCCAUUCUGAAAGUUCUGAAAGUAUGGACCAAAUUAUCUAGGAAUGUUAACUGCAACUAAAUAUAUGGACUUUUUUGUUUAUAUUUAAGAUCAUAUAGAGUAUGUAUCCUAAAGUGGCCUUAAUGAGACCAGGUUAACAUUCCUAGACCAUAAAGCACUAAUAUUAUGAGAGGGUUGUCACCCUUGUUUUACUUUA